GUACUUUAACGACCUUGACGACGAGCUGCAUUCCCCUUGCACCUCCUCCUUCUCUCACUCUUAUCUCGCUGUCCUGCAAAUGGACGGGAUUGGCGCCAUUCUCCUAGUCUGCUGGGCGGAACUAGGUCUAGGUGGCCUCAAUUGUACUGCUUUCUCAUACACAAAGUCGUUCCCAGUGUCGUCUUCCCCCGAGAUUCCCCCCUCUCACUCUCUCAUGCUGUCGCUGUUCCGUCAUUCCUGUUGUCCAUGUGAGAGAUUGAUUCCCUCUGAUUGCAAGAUGAUGCCUGCAGCCAAUACAUUUCAUUUCCUGCAUUUGCCUCCCCUUGUGUCCCUGUGUACCUCACGACGAGACGCGGGCCGAUGCGUGCCGUGCUGAGCAUGACUACGCGUUUGAGCUGAGCAUGAGCUGAGCAUAACGCCCCCUGUUUGUGGUGUCGCCUUGGAUCGUCUGUUUGUCUUACC